AGAAAGUGGCACGAAAGGGCUGUCGUACUAUUUGUAUCAAAAGUGAAAGAAGAAAAAUGGGUCUCAAGGUCCUAUGGAGAAAUCCACAUGUCAAGAAGAUUGGAGUAUUAUGUAGACAUUUCAGCAAAGUUAGUGGUCUUCAUGAGGUGGUUAUUGCCAGUGCUGUGAGGACUCCGAUUGGUUCGUUUCAGAGUUCUCUGUCGCAGCUAAAGGCCCCUCAGUUAGGUUCUGUCGCUAUAAAGGAGGCCAUCAACAGAGCAGGUAUUAAGAAAGAGGAUGUGGAUGAAGUAUACAUGGGAAAUGUUUGUACAGCUAUGGAGGGACAGGCGCCUUGUAGACAGGCCACACUGGGAGCAGGCCUCCCUCUGUCUGUGCCCACUUCAUCUGUGAACAAGGUGUGUGCCUCAGGGAUGAAGUCCAUCAUGUUAGCAGCCCAGAACCUCAUGUGUGGACAUCAGGAAGUGAUGGUGGCAGGAGGGAUGGAGAGUAUGUCUAAUGUCCCCUACUACAUGGCAAGAGGGGCCACACCUUACGGCAAAGUAGAGCUGAAAGAUGGCAUUGUCUUUGAUGGGUUGACAGAUGCUUAUGAUCAUUGUCACAUGGGUAACUGUGCAGAGAACACAGCUUCUAAAUAUAGCAUCUCCAGACAGGAACAGGAUGAGUAUGCUAUCCGUAGUUAUAAACUGAGUCAGGCCGCGGCUCAGGAGGGGGUAUUCCAACGGGAAAUCACACCUGUAGAGAUACCCCAGAAGAAAGGAGAUCCAAAGGUGGUGACUGAAGAUGAAGAGUACAAAAAGGUCAACUUUGACAAAUUUGCAUCUUUGAGAGCAGUAUUCCAAAAAGAUGGCACAGUUACUGCUGCCAAUGCCAGCACACUAAAUGACGGAGCCUGUGCCCUGGUCCUUAUGACUGCUACAGCAGCUAACAGGCUGGGGGUCACUCCUCUAGCCAGGAUACUGGGUUUUGCUGAUGCAGCCAGACAUCCAAUAGAUUUUCCAACUGCUCCAGCACUAGCCAUUCCUAAGGUGCUGGAGAUGACAGGUGUGAAGAAAGAGGAUAUAGAUAUGUGGGAGAUCAAUGAGGCCUUCAGUGUAGUUGUAUUGGCUAAUGUUAAAGAUCUGGACAUUGACAUGAACAAGGUCAACAUCCACGGAGGUGCGGUCAGCAUCGGUCAUCCCAUCGGGAUGUCAGGAGCCCGAAUCACUGGUCACAUGGUCCAUAGUCUGAAACCUGGCCAGAAGGGGAUGGCAGGGAUCUGUAAUGGAGGGGGAGGGGCAUCGGCCAUACUCAUAGAGAGACUGUAAAAUAAACCAAUGGAGGGCAUCGAUAUAAAGACUGUGAUAUCUAAAGCAGCUUCUAAAUCUCUGGUGUUUGAACAAAGUGGCAUCACGAGAUUAUGUACAGUUUUCAUGGUUCAUGUACUGUCAUUUUCCUGACACGAGGAAGUGUGAAAUAUUUUCUUAGAACUUUGAUUAAUAAUAAUGUUCAUUAAAAUCUUUAUUUACAUAUCUCUGAGUAUUACAUGAAAUUUAAGUCAGAAUUGAUUCCCAUAAUUUCUGUAUGUAUGAAAUACAUUUAUACAAAAUUUGUCUAUUAUUCUUCCUUAAGAUAGCCAGUUAUGUACUAAUGUAUUAUGUUUUAGGAGGGGUGGGGGUGUGUUAGUUACUGUUAGUGCAAAUAUAGAUGUCUUGUGUUGCAAGAAUUAUAAAGGCUCAAUUUAAAGUAGAGUUUGUGCCAGGUAAUUCAGAUCAUUUUUUUGUUUAUAGCACAAAGAUAAGAGUAAGCUACUAACCUCAUGACAAAACAGUACUGUAUUGUU